AUGAUGAAGCUGCUUUUUUCAACUUCGCUAUCGACUUUUGUAACCGCAGCGUUAGCAACGCCUUCGGUCACUAUUGACGCUGGCAUUCUUCAUGGUAAAAAGUGCAGCAAUGGACAAGAUGCAGUCUUCUAUAAGGGAAUUCCCUUUGCUGAACCUCCCGUUGGAGACCUACGAUUCGAGCCUCCAAAGACCUACAGUAAACAAUACCCUAAUGGGGUGCUUGAAGCAACUACUCAUGCCGCCACCUGCAUUCAGCUCGGAGAUGAUAUGAUACCACCUGGACCGGAAAACGAAGACUGUCUUUAUCUAGACAUUUGGACCCCAUAUAAUGCCACCAAAGACUCCGUGCUCCCUGUCAAGAUCUGGGUCUACGGCGGGUCGGACACAAGCGGCGGAAUCGAUUACUCUCUAUACGAUGGUUGCAACAUUGCGGAGGAUGGCUCGAUUCUUGUGUCAAUCAACUACAGGCUUGGGCCCCUCGGUUUUAUGGCACUCAGCAGUGCCGGGAUCCAUGAAAAAGUUGUUCUCUUCGGUCAAUCAGCUGGCGUUACGGACGUUUUUACUAUUUCCACUCUUCCUCAAGCACCAUCUCUCUUCAAUAGUGCCAUCGCGGAAUCGAUCGCUUUACCUUCGCUCAUGUCCAAUUCAACCCUGCAGAAUACUGGUGCUUCAUAUGCCCAGAGCCUUCAGUGCAGUGUUUAUGAUAAAUCCUGUCUCCAGUCUAGGAAUGUUACCGAUCUAAAGCACGCGUAUAAUUCUGAUGCCUUCCUAAAUGAGGGACUUGGAGCAAUCAGCUAUGUUGGUAUUGAUACUAAAUACUUGCACGAAUUCUGGCCUUAUGUGGACGGCAUUGUCAUCUCUGAGAAUCCCUUGACUCGUGGAAUACAAGUUCCGAUAAUUUUUGGAUAUAAUCAAAAAGAAGGCAUGAUGGAUACCCUCACCAAAUAUGAUAGUAAGGAGAAGGUAAAAUUAGCCACGCCAGCUGCUUACACGGAAUUCCUCCGCUACAACUGGGGCACUGCUGCUCAGAUUAUUGAGAAACAUUAUCCUCUAUCUCUAUUCAAAUCUGCUACUAAUUCAAUCGGGCUGGCCGUGAUUGCAGCCAUGGCAACCGUCAAUACCGAUGUCCACUUCAAAUGUUCGGGAUAUCAGUGUGCAAUGCAAGCCACACGCAAGAACUUCCCUGCAUGGAUGUACGAAUUUACCCACAAUUCCACUUGUGCAUGGUUAAAUACAAUGCCUCAGGCGGAAGUAUCUUUGUUUGGCGCCGCUCACACCGCCGAAAUUCCCUGCAUCUUCGGUAACCUGCACUUCGAUUUUCCUUCCAAAAACACAACCUGCACUGGAAAACCAUUGGAGUGGAAUCUCAGCAAGCAAAUGAUGAGUUUGUGGACAGCAAUGGCAGAAAACGCUAGCCCGUCGACUGAAGCUAUCCAUUGGCCGCAAUUUCAAAUCACAUCAAGCAAGCUUGAGACCCCUGGGAUGAUCUUCGGCAACUCAAGUGCACCUGGCUCCAUUGACAUCGCCGCUUGUAGACUGUGGACUCAGGUAGAUGCCAUGCUAGCGGCAAGCAAUGCGACAGACACAGGAACGCCCUCUAGUGGCACUGGAAAGCCAUCGUCUCUGCCGACUAGUGGCGCAACAACCACUCUCUCCGCGAGUAAAGAUUUUGCCGCUUUGAGUAUGCUACUGAUGGGGUUGGCUGUACUUGCUUAG